UCUCUUCCUUGAGAUUGUCCGGUAGGUUUUCGCUCAAACCGUAACAAAGGUCACCUCAUUCCACUGUCAGACAUCUCAUUGAGCUGAUAAUUAAUAGAACCAGGUGCGUCAAAUUAGGGUUGACAUGAAAACCUACAGAACGAUAGAUCUCCAGGAACAGGGCUGGGCAGCCCUGCCCCGCAACAAUUGCAAUGUCCUGUAAUCCCUCGAUUUCAUUCGUGCGAGCUCGUGCGCAUUCGGUGUGUCGACAUUCUCGUGGUGCGCGAGAGACUGGGCAGAGCGAGCGCAGCUCCCAGCAUGCGUGUGACAAAUCAAACUGGCAGUUAGAGAGCACAUCUUCCUACACCCGACCGCUCACCUGGCGACAGAGAAAACCGUACGAAAUACAGAAACGGUCUUCAAUGGAAUGCGGUGCUCGGAGCCGCAAAGAGACAUUCCUUCGAGACCCUUCACCGUGUCAUUUUGAAACGGCAAGAGCCCUUCGCUAAGACCUUGGCUUGCAACAGGUAGUUAUUAAACAUAAAAAAGAAAACAUGGCGACUGGAUAUAGACCAAAUGCAACGACAGACUUUCUGGAAGAAUGGAAAGCGAAACGGGAAAAAAUGAGGGCUAAAAUGCUGGGGGAUAUUGCCGCAUCUACCGGUGGGUGCAGCGUCGCCACCGGGACCCCUUCUCUUGGAAUAAAUAACAAAACUACCAACAGCGAAUUAAACAACAACGGCAACGCAGGUAGCGGGGGCUCCUCGACUAUCAAUUGCGUGUCGUCCUAUCCCGUGGUUCGGUCUUCGUCCUCCACUGCCCUAAGCCGGAGGCCGGAGGAUGACCAGCACCAGGCACCGGUCGGUCGGGGAGCCGAUCCUCCUGGCGGUAACCUGAAGAAGACCCCUCAGCCGGAGAAAGUGGUCGGCACCCCACAAUCGGAGUGCAGCGAGAGCGGGAAGGACAGCCCCAGCCCUAGCCCUGUAACGGGCUCGAGCAAAGGCAAGGAGAAAAAGAGCUCGGGUCCGAGCGCUCGGAAGGGGAAAGGCCAGAUCGAGCGGAGAAAACUGAGGGAGAAGCGGAGGUCAACAGGUGUUGUCAAUAUACCGUCAAACGAGAGCCUGGACGAGCUGGAGGACGACGAGGGCGGGGAGAAGGAGCGGAAGAGGGAGGAGGAGGCGCUCACGCAGCACAACACGGCUCAGAACGAGGCCCUGACCCCCGACCCCGCGGCGCCGCACUUCUUUCAGGAAACGCCAAGAGCCGCGCCGGGACGCCAGAGAAGUGUGGGUGCUCCAGGUUCCGAAGAGGAGGGGGGCGGCGCCGGCAGGCAUCGCCUGGGAUACGGUCGUCACGGCAGGGAUUCCGGUGCCGCGGGGGGGAGUGGCCUGGAGAGGCGGAUCGAGGAACUGGAAAAGGAGCUGGCCAAAGAGCGGCAGGAGAACGCGCGUCUGCUGAGUGCCCAUCAGGACAAAGACGAUCUGAUAGCCAAGCUGAAGGAGGAGAUCGACCUGCUGAACAGGGACCUGGACGACAUCGAGGAGGAGAACGAGCAGCUGAAGCAGGAGAACAAGACCCUCCUCAAGGUGGUGGGUCAGCUGACCAGGUAGAGCCACGCCCACCGCCCCCCCCCUGUAAAAAAAGUCCCAGGCUGAGAGACCAGAGGUGGCCACCAUGGAGCGCCCGGUGCCCCCUCCAAACUCCGCCCGUCCUGUCUCUUUUCCUUCCUGCUCUGUCUGUCUGUCUGUCCGUCUGUCUGUCUGUGUCUUGUGUGUAGUGGUAGAGGAUAACUUGUCUUAGCUGAAAGCCUUAAAGGCCAGACCCAAGCCUUGUACCUUAAAAAAGCUUUUUGUAGCUGGGGUGUUGCAGACAAAGGAUGCAUGGAUGUCCCAAAAAAUAUAUAUAUAAAUAAUAAAUUGGCUGAUUCUAUAUUUAAUGUACAUUUGUUGUAAAUAGGCCUUUGAGUUAGUUUAUUUUGAUGAGUCUGAAAAAUAAAAUAAGAACGGAUGUGGAAUGGGCGUGGUCCAGCACCGAACGCGUGAGGAGUUUAUCCGCCCCGAGCUUCAGCCCCUCCUUCCUAAGAAGGGGUCUGCACGUUGAAUUUAUUUCUCGACCAACGCUAACUCGCCGAGCUAACCAGUAACGCGGCCCGUCAGCAUUGAUGCAGCGUUUUAUUAACGUUACGGCAACGUUUGGGAGGACGGCACAAGUGUCGUUUCGUGAGUGCCUCCUGCUUCUGUGUUCUAACUGAUCGAAGGGCUCGCUCUACUUUGGAUCUUGUUUUCAUGCCAAAAAACUUUGCCUGUAUCACAAUUUUAAGAAAUACCAUCACCCAGAAGGGUGCAUGUUACGUUAACUGUGGUUUACAAUGAUGUUUUGUUUUUUUGCAAUGGAGAGAAUUGUGCUCAGAAUUUUGUGUUCAGAUUAGAAAGUUUAAACAUUUAAUCCUGGAAACAUACCAUUCUUAACGACAUUAAAAUGGCCUCCGAAAAUAUGCAAGCAUUUUAUAUCAUGCCUUUUGAAUGUUAGCAAAGAUUUUUGUAAUUCAACGGUUUAAGGCUUUUGACUGCAAUAUAACCAGAGCUGUCUGAUUGUAAUCCAUUUAUAAGGCGAGCAAUUUAUAUAGAGCAUUUUGUAACUCUGUUGAUCAAAAGAAUAUGUUCUUUUGAAGAUUUUUAGAAUUCACUGCAGUUGGCUUAUUUUGCUAUUAUUUAAAGCAGCCCUAUGGUACAGCUGGUAAAUUACUGUAACAAACUGUUUUAUUUUGGCUGAUUUAGAUAAUUGUUGUUAUCCUUGGGCUCGUUUUGUAAUAAAAACACUUUUCACGGGUCAUCAUAACCUGCAGAAAAAUGCUAUUAUUUCUUCUACGAUGUGUCAGUGCAUACGUUUUGUUUAAAUUAUAACGGAAAGAUCUUGAUGGACUGCAUUCCUGGCCCCCCUACACGUGUACAAAAGUGGAAUUCGUUUAAUAAAAGUCGGAUUUUCUCCUUUG